AUCGAGCACCGAUAACUAGCUGCGCAUGCAGCCCUGAGCAUAGCUGUCACAGACGCACGAACUGUCAGUGGGUUGCCUUCGGCUUCUUUAUACGUGUCGUACUACGUACUUUCACAUUCAUUUUGUUAUUUUCGCUCUGAACGCAGUGCAACUACGUUAUAAACGCAUAAAAUGGCUCCACCACAGAGAAUGCGCGUCGCUAACGAAAAGGCCAGCAAAUAUGUGUUGAUGCGUGGCAAUGUACCCAAAUCUUCGAAAGCGAAAGAAGGACAAUACCCUGUGGGACCCUGGCUCUUGGCACUGUUUAUAUUUGUCGUCUGCGGAUCAGCGAUUUUCCAGAUCAUACAGUCGAUUCGGGCUGCGUAAACCUGAACAAACACAAAAUUUAAUGAUAUAUCCCUAAGCUCAGCAUACUAACACACACACACACAACAGCUUUGACGUCUUCUCUCAAGAACCCUUCGUAACUAAAAUAUCCCGGCAUUAUGUGCAACGUCCGCAGAGAUUGAACUCCACGACAACUUGGCUUUUUAGUUUACCGAAUUUUAUGCAAUACGUGUUUCUAUACACAUGCAAAAUUUAAGUCCAUACUGUGUAAUUUUUAUUAAUAAUUAAGCUUAUGAUCCGAA